UACAAGCGAAAGAGUAGAAUUUUCCAAUCAAAAUUGACUCACCGUAGACAUAGACAUAAUGCGCACAGAAAUAAUAAAAAAUAAGCGACGUAGUGCGCCAUUUGAAAGUGCUGUGGAUGAGGUGAAAAAUCCCCUUUAUCAACUAAACGAAUCAUUCCGCUGCAACAGCUCAAGCGCUCAGCCACCUCCCGUUAGCCGACCGGCUUCCGCCCUCUAAAGCAAACUUUCAGGAGGGUUUUUGAGAUAGAGAUGAUUACAGAUUUUGUUUGGAAAUUCCUUAUCCGAUAGUUGAUCGUAGGUGCAUUUCUUUAUUCUAUUCUUUAUAUAAAUCCUUGGGCUUCGUUGGGGAAAUUGACAACAGAAUUUGGAAAGAGAGAUAAUUACACCGCUGAGCUAUAUUAUUAAGCAUUUCGCAAGAGGAUGAUGGCAUUUACAACAACCUUGGUCGUACAACCCAACCUGUCACGUUAUCCUCCUCCGCCAACCUUCACCUGCUGUUUUAAACCGUCUUCUAGGUCCAGAGAGAUGCCCCAGAAGGUCUUACUCGGUUCUAAUUUCCGUAGAAGAAUAGCUGGAGUAGCAGCAAUAGUGUCAGUACUAUUGGCCAUUCCGGAGGUUUCUGAUGGAUUCGAGUUUAAUAUGGUGGUACCGGGUACAUCGUACGAAGAGGCAAAGAGUGGAAUCAGAGGCCAUGCUCAAGCUUUGCUAGGUAUAAAAUCUCUGAUAGAGUCAGAGUCGUGGGUAGAAGCACAGAAGGUGCUAAGGAAGAACUCGUCCUACCUGAAACAGGACUUUUAUACCAUAAUCCAAGGGAAGCCUAGAAGUGAGAGGCCCGAGCUAAGGAAACUGUAUUCCAAUCUCUUCAAUAAUGCUACCAAACUAGAUUAUGCAGCAAGGUAUAAAGAUGCAUCGCUUGUCUGGCAGUGCUACGAGAACAUUGUUCUGGCUCUCAAUGAGAUUUUAUCCAGAAUAUAAUCAUCAGAAAAUUACAUGUUCAUAUGUAGAAAAAUCAAAGGACUGAUCAAGUAAUUGCUCUCAAAGUGUGGUGUGCCAAAUCAAAACCGGGAUAAAAGCAGUAUUCUAGCAAAACAACAUGCGAAUUCCUACUUAUCUAGUAUGAAGAUUGGCUGAGAACCACAGAGUAGUACAACACUUUAUGGCCGUCCUUCUUAUUCCAUAAUUUAGCUACUGGAAAGAAGGCAGUGGUUGGGAAGCAGCUGCAAUAAUAAUGUUGGAGGAUUCGGACAUGGACCAUCUGUGGGUCAAUCAGGCCCUACAUGAAACCCAUGCGGACACCACAAGGCAUUAUUAAGCAUAUAAUGUCUUCGGGGGCACUAACGGAUAGGAAGAUUUCUGUUGGGCCUCUUACAUAUAUUCUCUAGGGAACAUCUUUUUACCCACUUUCUAUGUUUUGUGACAUUGAAAAUAAGUGAAUCCGGGUGACUUGAGACCUAUUGAUGCC